UCAGGAGCAUGUCGAUAAAAUAUAUCUGUAUUCUAGCUUUCAUCAGUGUUCUGGAGACUCAAAUUGAAUCUAGGGUUGAUAUUCAAAAUGAAAAAAAUAUUAUAUCAUUACGAUCAUUAGAUAAUCAUAAAAGAAUAAACAUGAAAUUACCGAAAGAACAUAAAACAGCCAUUCACGUUGAUGAACUCCAUAAAAAACCUGCUAAAUACAAUCCAUCACAAUUAAGACCAAAUCAUCACAAACAAUUGCUAGAAUUACCACCUUUUUUCAAAGACAUAACAUAUGAAAGACAACUUAAAAAGCCGUCCAAAGUAUAUCCAGUUUAUUCUGAUUAUCAAAAAGAUGAGAAAAAAGGUUACAAAAAAUCUGGUUCAUCAGCAGUUAACAUGAAAUUGCCGAAAAAUGGUAUAAAAAAUUCUAAAAUUUCUAAAAAAAUUCCAAAUCGAAGUAAAAAAGCGAAAGCAAAAAAAAUACAUCAAAAAUUUGAGAAAGAAUCGCCGAAAGAUCAUAAGCAUUUGUUAAAACAAGAUAAAAAUGUAUCAAAAAUAACCAACACUCCAUCAAUUUAUCUUAAACCUCCUGAAAUUGGACAAAAGAGUUUCUAUAAUGCUCAUAGACGUCGAACAUCUUCAAAAAGAUUUAAAAAACCGAGUCAUUCUGUAACUGAUUACAUAAAAGGAGAAGAAAAUAGACAAGAAAAGCAACAACAUUACGUUAGAGAUCAUGAACCGAUACAUCAAAAGCGGGAUGAAUCUAAUGAGAAAAAUAAAAGUAGUAAUGAUAGUUCACAGGAAGAGUUGAGUCAGGAAAUAAAUGAAUCUUUAGAUAAUGGAAAUAGGGUUGAUUUCCAUAUUCAUGGUCAAGAUGGACCAGAAUCGUAUGUGUUUGGUUUUGAUACUGGUGAUGGCGAAAACAGACAAUUUCGUUGGGAACAGAGGCACGUCAAUGGAACAGUAACAGGACAGUACGGUUACUAUGAUCCUAGAGGUAAAUUUAAAAAGAUUUUCUAUAGAUCGGAUCCACAUUUAGGAUAUCAACAAAAUGAAUUAAAUGAUAAUCAUGAUGCCCAAAAUUUGAUUGAAAAUGAAGGCAAAUAGUAUGGAUUUAAAAAAAAGUACUGUUUAUAGUUUUUUUGUUUUUUAUUUAAAAACUAUGUUACGUUAUUUUUGUGCUAUACUAAUAUUAAGUUUUUAUCUGUUCAUUGUUUAUUAAAUAACAAUAAAAUUCAUACAUACAAAAGAUUGAAAAGAAAUCACAAAAUUACAUAUAAAUAUUUUCCAU